UUCAUAACUUCAAACCCUCCCCUGCACGUCCCCUCAUCCAAGUAUAUAACUGCCCUAGCUCAUUUGCCAAUUCAUUUCACUCCAAGCAAUCUCUUAUUCUAUCAGUACACUUGCCAAUACAGCAAAAUUUUCUUUAAAUUCAUUAUCUUUCUUCAGGUGAGCCCUUAUUCUUCCUUCAUUGAAGAUUUCUUAAUGCCUUCUCUUAUGUGCUUGGUUUUUAUGCCGCUUUGGUAUAGUACUCGAUUGGUCUAGACAAUGCAUAGACGGGGUUAUGUUGUGGCUAGAAUUCGUAUUUUUCUUCUUACUACUAUUGGCUUUCUAUUUUUAGAUACAAACAUACAGUCAAUGAGUAGUGGAGAUUGGAUGUGUGCUGCAUGCCAGCAUCUCAACUUCAAGAAACGCGAGUCGUGCCAACGAUGUAGCUGUCCUAAAUAUGCCACCGAAGUCGAUGUGUCUGCUUAUGGGAUAAACAGAACAGAAGUCUUAGCUGGAGACUGGUAUUGUAGCGCUUUGAAUUGCGGUUCACAUAACUAUGCAAGCCGAACGAGCUGCUAUCGAUGUGGUGGAUCAAGAGAUUAUUGUGGAUACGACGCUGGAAUGACGGCACCUGCUAGUUAUGCAUACGACACUAGUGUGCUCCCUGGAUGGAAAACUGGCGACUGGAUUUGCACCAGAUUAGGAUGUGGUGUGCACAAUUAUGCUAGCAGGACAGAGUGCUUUAAAUGCAAGACACCUAAGGAUUUUGGAGGAGCACUGUGAGAAAGUGAACUAAGCAAGAACUACAUUUAUUGCAUCAGAGAAUGACUAGAAGUUACAAUCCUUGACAACUCUCUCUAAGGAACUCGGCAAAAUAGCAUUGUAACUUCGAGAGAGUUUUAUUUUCUUUUUCCAUGUACUUCUUCAAAUAGUUAACUCAAGAAGGAUUUCUUACUUCA